GAUUGUUAGGACAUUGUAUUUUCCCCCUCCUGCUACUCCAAAAAUAUUACCUGUCUUUGAAGGAACUUGCCCUUCUGCGAACUGUGACCUCAUCAGGAGCCCUCGGUUGAAUAAGGCCGAUAGUGGACCACGUGUCUCAGUAGUGUUUUCUUUGACGGGCGGAAGUGGGUGAUUGUGGCUACAUUGAGGGACCGACAGUAGACUUGACUGCCCUUCCGGCCUCUGCUUGAAGGAACCAUGGCGGCGGGGGUAGCAGCGUGGCUGCCCUUUGCAAGGGCAGCGGCCAUCGGGUGGAUGCCUGUGGCCUCGGGGCCCAUGCCAGCUCCCCCGAGGCAGGAGAGGAAAAGGACUCAAGAUGCUCUCAUUGUGCUGAACGUGAGUGGCACUCGUUUCCAGACGUGGCAGGACACCCUGGAACGUUACCCAGACACUCUGCUGGGCAGUUCAGAGAGGGACUUUUUCUACCAUCCGGAGACUCAGCAGUAUUUUUUUGACCGUGACCCAGACAUCUUUCGCCACAUCCUGAAUUUCUACCGCACUGGGAAGCUCCACUACCCUCGCCAUGAGUGCAUCUCCGCUUAUGAUGAAGAAUUGGCCUUCUUUGGCCUCAUCCCAGAGAUUAUUGGCGACUGCUGUUACGAGGAGUACAAGGAUCGCCGGCGAGAGAACGCCGAGCGUCUCCAGGACGAUGCUGACACGGACAACGCCGGAGAGAGUGCGCUGCCCACCAUGACCGCUCGGCAGAGGGUCUGGCGGGCCUUUGAGAACCCCCACACCAGCACCAUGGCCCUGGUGUUCUACUAUGUUACCGGGUUCUUCAUUGCCGUCUCAGUCAUCGCCAAUGUGGUGGAAACAGUGCCAUGUGGGUCCAGCCCGGGUCACAUUAAAGAACUGCCCUGUGGGGAGCGGUACGCCGUGGCCUUCUUUUGCCUGGACACAGCCUGUGUCAUGAUCUUCACAGUGGAGUACUUGCUUCGCCUGGCGGCAGCUCCUAGCCGUUACCGCUUUGUGCGUAGCGUCAUGAGUAUCAUCGACGUGGUGGCCAUCCUACCGUAUUACAUUGGGCUGGUGAUGACAGACAAUGAGGAUGUCAGUGGAGCCUUUGUCACGCUCCGCGUCUUCCGGGUCUUCCGGAUCUUUAAGUUUUCCCGCCACUCGCAAGGCCUGCGCAUCCUGGGGUAUACGCUGAAAAGUUGUGCCUCAGAGCUGGGCUUCUUGCUCUUCUCGCUCACCAUGGCUAUCAUCAUCUUCGCUACAGUUAUGUUCUACGCCGAGAAGGGGUCUUCGGCCAGCAAGUUCACCAGCAUCCCUGCUGCUUUCUGGUACACCAUCGUCACCAUGACAACGCUAGGGUAUGGUGACAUGGUACCAAAAACCAUAGCAGGGAAGAUUUUUGGUUCCAUCUGUUCGCUGAGUGGAGUCUUGGUCAUUGCUCUACCCGUCCCAGUGAUCGUAUCCAACUUCAGUCGGAUCUACCACCAGAAUCAACGAGCAGACAAACGAAGAGCACAAAAGAAAGCCAGACUGGCCAGGAUCCGGGCAGCCAAAAGCGGAAGUGCAAAUGCUUACAUGCAGAGCAAACGGAAUGGCUUACUCAGUAACCAACUGCAGUCCUCCGAGGAUGAGCAGGCCUUUGUUAGCAAAUCUGGCUCCAGCUUUGAAACCCAGCACCACCACCUGCUUCACUGCCUAGAAAAAACCACGAAUCACGAAUUUGUGGAUGAACAAGUCUUUGAAGAAAGCUGCAUGGAAGUUGCAACAGUUAAUCGUCCUUCAAGUCACAGUCCCUCUCUUUCUUCACAACAAGGAGUCACCAGCACUUGCUGUUCAAGACGACACAAAAAAACCUUCCGCAUUCCAAACGCCAACGUAUCUGGAAGCCACCGAGGGAGCGUGCAAGAACUCAGCACGAUUCAGAUUAGAUGUGUGGAGAGAACCCCACUAUCUAACAGCCGAUCCAGUUUAAAUGCCAAAAUGGAAGAGUGUGUUAAACUAAACUGUGAACAACCUUAUGUGACUACAGCAAUAAUAAGCAUCCCAACACCUCCAGUCACCACCCCCGAAGGAGAUGACAGGCCAGAGUCUCCCGAGUACUCAGGAGGCAAUAUCGUCAGAGUGUCUGCUCUGUAA